GAGCAGCUCUGCGGCGUGAAGACAGCAGAGGAAAGUGACUCACAGGGGGGUUCUGCUGGGAGACAAACCUCUUCGUCUUCAUCACUUUUUCUUUUUAUUGAGAAAGGAAAAAAUUAGGUCACUUUUUGAACCAACAGGACUGGAUGAAAGCAGGAGAGAAGUGAAGUGGGUGUUUUAUCUCAUCUGAGCCUCUUUGGAAAUGAGUCCAACAAAGGAGGAUAUUAAGGAAGGAGAAGAGAAGUGAUUCAGGAGGAUGAGUGAUAUUAUCUGGGGGAAAUCGCUGGGCUUUCAUCUGAUUAUUAAUUAAUUUAUUAUUAUUUUACCACAGGAGAAAUAGAGACUUCCUAAUUAAAGUUGGCUGAAAUAUUUCUUGUAAAAACUUGCAUUUAUCUGUAUUAUGGAACAUCGAUAUCAACUGUCUUAUAAUCAGCUGUAAACUUCUUGUUGCAAAUAUUCAUUUUGUGCCACUCCUUUGACAUAAGUGAGAGAUWAACAUGGCCAUCAACACGGACACCGACUUCCUGAAGUCCAACCUGAGCAGUGAGGGUGGUGGAGGAGGAGGAGGAGGUCCCCAGCCCCCGGACUUCCAGGAGACAGAGAAGCUCCUGGCAGUGACCACUGAGCCCCGGGGGGACGGCGUGAGAAUGUCCACCUCCUUCACUGUGACACCGGGCGGCGACAAGGCCCUGGAGGCCGACCAGAACGGCCACGGCGUGGCCCUGAGGUCGGAGUCUGUGGGGCAGCUGGCUGCCUCCGCCCCGCUGUCCCCGUCCAAGGCCAGCCUGAGCCGGUCCUCCACCGGGAACGCCGCCGUCCAGGAGAGCCCGAAGCCCCAGGACUACCUGAUCCUGGUCAUCGUCUCCUGCUUCUGCCCCGUUUGGCCCAUCAGCAUCGUGGCACUGGUGUACUCCAUCAUGUCCAGACACAGUCUUCAGAACGGGGACGUGGACGGGGCCCGGAGGCUGGGUCGACUGGCUCGUCUGCUCAGUGUGGUCUCCAUCAUCUUGGGACUGCUCAUCAUCAUCAUCUACACCUCAGUCCACCUAUCAACUCAUUGACCCGGAGGAGCCGACAGAGGGGAAAACACGUGCAACCUUAAAGCCAAACCACAGAUGCAACAAAGAAAAAAAGACAGUUCAAAUAAAAACAAAGUACAACUGAUGACGCGACUACAUCCUGACCAAACUUCAGAUAGCAAAAAAUAAAGCAGCCAAGUCAUAAAGGAUGGUCUUGCAACAAGUAAACACAUAAUUAUUUACACGUAUUAUCACUGAAAGAUGCAUGCAUUAAAAUCCAGAAACAUUUGCCUGACAAAAKAUCCAGAUGUAAAUUGUUUAAACAGAGGAAAAUGUAGAUUUGCACGAAGGGGCUCUAAAAUAUUCAGUUCUCUUUUUGGAGCUUGGACUUUUUGAAAUGAUGAAAAUGAUUUGUGGAAGUGGAGAGAAUGACUGCUGGACUUUUCUGUCUGCCAUGAGGCUCCCAUAAACAAAAAAAAAGGGGGGGGGGGGGGCGUUUGAAUUACACCUCAUGUAGUCUUCAUAUAUUCCUUACUGAACGUCUUGCAUUUACAGGUAAAAGUAAAUAUAUAUUUGAACUAAGGGUAAACAUAAAUAURAUGUCUGCACAUUUUCUAAGAGGUUUGUAUCCCAAGUGGUGCUGGGUUUGUUCGUCGGUGCAAAAAUCAGAGGUUUGUGAAAAGAUGCGGGGGACACGGUUUUUACUUUUUGUCAUGUAUCAUUUGGAAAUAAUGAGACCAACUGCAUGCCUGAAUGUUAAUAACCAAAUAUCCUGCCUUCGUUUGGACUGUUCUUAUUGGUUUAACGGGUUUGUCUAUAUUUGCCACGGCUCUCUCAAGAUUUUAACCUUGUUUUAUUCUGGCAGAGACUGAAAAAAAAGCCAAUUUUGUACCUGCAAAUGAAAUCAGAUUAGGUUUUUCCUUCAAACAAGUUGAGUUGACUACACUCUUAUGCAGCAUCAUCUCCAUUCUUCCAUCUCUACAUCCAUUUUUUUCAUGGUUUGUACAAUGUAUCAAUAUUUCAUUGUUAUUACAKCUGUGUAUACUGCAAAGACUGAGCAUCAAUAGUACAGUAUAAUUGUUCAUGAGAUUGCUCUGAAGCCCACAGCUGAUGGAGAGCCUCACAACUGCAGAACGAAAGAAGAGUGGAGAAGAAAAUGUAGAUUUAUUGCACCGGAUAUCAUUAUCACAAUAUUUAAUAUUAUCGCAAGUGCAUGUUUUCCUAAUAUUUUGUUUCUUUUUACAUUCGCUACAUUUCUACAUCUUUUCAUCACUACCAUUCCUACAUUGCUAUAAAUAUAUAUCGACUGUUAAAAACUGUUGUUUCUAUGUACGUUUUACUCCUUGUAUUCACAUGUAACCUAUUUAUAUGGAAGAAUGUACACACAAUAUGUCCGCAUGCUAAGUGCCAAACAAGCUGAUGUGCACUUAUUUUUGUAAAUGAACAACUCUUUGAGUUUGAGCGAGAUAAAACAGCAUUUAAAAAGGAUUCCUUCAAAUCAAAGCAUGACAAAUUGUCUGAAUCAAUCACUUUAAGAGCGAAGUCGAUGUUUUCAGUUCUUCCUGCUGAUCCAAGUGACUUGGGCGCUUAAAGCUCAUAUAUCACAAUAAAAGACAGGUUGCAUUAUUUAAUAGCUUUUUUCUGUCUUUUUAAUUAUUUCAACUCAAACAAGAAAACGUUUGCACAAAAUAUGGGGGAAAAAGCAUUUAACUGGAUUCCAUUUGAUUAGAUCUAAUGGUUGGGCUUUUACAGCUAAAACAGCGACAUGAGGCAGCUAAUGUGAUCCUAAAGUCAGAAACUGUACAGUGUCAAAGAUUUUAAUUUUUUUUUUACCAGUGGUUUCUGCAAAAUGUGCUUCAUUGAAAACCAUAUUAGACCAUAACUGCAGAAAGAUUACUGCAUUCAACCACCUGAAAGCAGCACAAAUCCAAAGAUUCCCCAUGUUAAACUGAGUGCAACCUCCUGCUCCGUGGCUCAACCUCAGCCCUGUUCUGUCAGUAAAACACCUCAGACUUUUCAUCUUCAUACUGUGCUGUUUCUUUUCCAGUCUGCUGUAUGUGAUGGUUCCCAUCUCUGUUGUGUACUUUCUGCAUGUCAGGAAUAAAUGUUACCAUGCACGGUC